AUGUCAGACAAGUGCAUAGAUCUCCUCACCCGCCUGAACAAUGUGACUGAGUUUGUUCUCUUGGGACUCACACAGAAUCCAUACUUACAGAAGAUACUCUUCAUUGUCUUUUUGUUCAGUUUUGUAUUUACCAUGCUGGCCAAUCUGCUCAUGGUCAUUAGCAUCUCCCUCAGCCCUUCACUUUCAGCUCCCAUGUACUUCUUUCUCACUUACUUGUCCUUCAUAGAUACCUCCUUCACCUCUGUCACAACUCCUAAAAUGCUCAUUGACCUGCUGUGUCAGAGGAAAACCAUCUCCUGGGGUGGCUGCCUGGCUCAGCUCUUUGUGGAACACUUCCUGGCUGCAUCAGAGGUCAUAGUCCUUGUUGCAAUGGCCUAUGACCGCUAUGUGGCCAUCUGCAAGCCUCUGCACUACACGACCAUCAUGCAACUGGGGCUCUGCCGGUUGCUGAUGGUGGUGGCCUGGAUUGGGGGGAUUGUGCAUGCCACUCUGCAGAUUCUUCUUGCAGAUGACUUGACCUUCUGUGGUCCCAAUGUCAUUGACCACUUCAUGUGUGAUUUCUUCUCACUAUUGAAACUUUCCCGCGACACCUACAGACUUGGAGUGGUGGUGGCAGUGAACAGCGGGGGCAUGUGCUUACUCAUUUUUUUCAUGCUGCUCAUCUCCUACAUAGUCAUCCUGUGCUCCCUGAAAUCCCGUGGCUCUGAAGGACGGCACAAAGCCCUCUCUACAUGUGGCUCCCACUUUACAGCAGUGGUGCUCUAUUUUGUGCCUUGUAUUUUCAUCUACACGCGUCCUGUGGCCACGUAUCCUGCAGACAAGUUGGUGAGUGUGUUCUACUCAGUCCUCACUCCCAUGUUAAAUCCUAUCAUUUACACAGUGAGAAACACAGAGGUGAAAAACGCCAUGAGGAGUUUGUUGAGGAGGAGAGUAACUUAGG